CCAAGGAGCCGCCGAAGCAAGCGCGCGGAGGAGGAGGAGGAGGAAGAGGAGGAAGGCGCGGAGGAACCCGGCGAGGCUUCCCUUGGGCGGAGGGCCCUCCUGGCCUUGGCUGCGCCUCCAUGGCGGGCAGGGGAGCCCCGCCGGGAGUGGGCCGCCCUCGGAGGCUCCAGGCUCGCGCGGAGAGGAGCCAGGCGGGCUAGAAGGCGGAGGACACUGAUGUUCAGGGACCAGUGCUGACAUCCUUCAUCGAUGCUGCUGCUGUUGCUGCCUUGAUUCUCCCCCCAAAUCACAGAAGUAUCCAAUGUUUUUCUUAUGUCCCCAAGGAACCUGCAAGUAGUUUUCCAGACCUUAGGUGGAUAGCUAUAUGGUUGGAGGCAUACCCUUGGAUUUCCCUGGAUAGAGACUUUAAUUCUUAGUCUAAGGCGAAAACAUGCUUGGGGCGCCAGGGGGCUGUUCCUUAAGCAGCCUCCAUUAAACACCUUGGACUUGUGUUACCGACCAGACCAAAGGGCCGCUUCGAUUUCAAGAUGCUUAUAAAGGAGUAUCGGAUUCCUCUUCCCAUGAGUGUGGAGGAGUAUAGGAUUGCCCAGCUGUACAUGAUACAGAAAAAGAGCCGGGAAGAGACAUGUGGAGAAGGCAGCGGUGUGGAGAUUUUGGAGAACAGGCCAUACACCGACGGUCCUGGUGGCAAUGGGCAGUAUACCCAUAAAGUAUACCAUAUUGGUAUGCACAUUCCCAGUUGGUUUCGGUCUAUACUGCCAAAGGCAGCGUUGCGAGUUGAAGAGGAGUCGUGGAACGCCUAUCCUUAUACAAGGACAAGGUACACAUGCCCGUUUGUGGAAAAAUUCUCUAUUGAUAUUGAAACCUAUUAUAUAGCUGACUCAGGAGAGCAAGCCAAUGUGUUCAACCUUUCCCCUGCAGAGAAAAGGCAGACCAUUCUUGAUCCCAUCGAUAUUGUCAAAGAUGCUAUCCCUCCACAUGAAUACAAGUCGGAAGAGGAUCCCAAGCUGUAUAAAUCUGUUAAGACUACAAGGGGGCCUCUGUCCGAAGAAUGGAUUAAAGAGCACAAGAACAACUCUGGAAGAUCCCCUAUCAUGUGUGCCUACAAGUUGUGCAAAGUGGAGUUCAGAUACUGGGGGAUGCAGUCCAAAAUUGAGCGUUUCAUUCAUGAUGUCGGCUUGCGGAAGGUGAUGGUGCGAGCUCACCGGCAAGCCUGGUGUUGGCAGGAUGAGUGGUACGGACUCACCAUCGAAGACAUCCGGCAACUGGAGAAGGAGGCCCAAUUGAUGCUGGCUCAGAAGAUGGCCCAGUACAGCUUUAAUGAGAACGAGCCGGAGCAGCACCUUCCCAAAGAUUCUCUGGAAGAGAACAAUCUCGAAUCAAAGGCCAUAUCUCCAUCCACCGAAGCAGUGGAUGAUGCUAGCAAUAUGGGCGAAGCCAUGUCGGGGCGAGUGUUAACCAAGCAGUGGUCAACGUCUUCCAAGUCCUCUUCAAAAAGAGGAGCAAGCCCCUCACGCCAUAGCCUCUCGGAGUGGAGGAUGCAGAGCAUCGCACGGGAUUCAGAUGAGAGCUCAGACGAUGAGUUCUUUGAUGCACAUGAGGACCUGUCUGAGAGUGAAGAAGCAUUCCCAAAAGAAAUCACCAAAUGGAGUUCAAACGAUCUCAUGGAUAAGAUUGAAACCCCGGAAUCUGAAGAUGCACCAGAUGAUUCGUGUCUUGAGCGAGCAGCAGACUACAGUGUGAGAUCCAAUGCGGAAAGACUCGGCGUAACUGAGGAUGAGGUUGCUCGUCCAUUGGUGCAGCCUAGCCAAAUCCAUGUCCUGCUUUUGGUUCUGCAUGGAGGCAACAUCCUGGAUACGGGAAGCGGUGACCAGAGCUCAAAGCAAGGGGACGUCAACACCAUUGCCACUGCAUUCGAUACUGUCAUUCGGGUCCAUUACCCAGCGGCUCUUGGGCGUAUUGCCAUCAAGCUCGUUCCUUGUCCAGCCAUUUGCUCAGAAGCAUUCUCACUGGUGUCCAACCUCAGUCCUUACAGUUAUGACGAGGGUUGCCUUUCCAAUAGCCAGGAUCACAUCCCUCUAGCCGCCUUGCCUCUGCUUGCCACGUCAUCGCCACAGUACCAAGAGGCAGUGGCCACCGUGAUCCUGAGGGCCAAUCAAGUGUAUGCUGAGUUCAUUCGAUCCCAGGAAGGCAUGUCAUUCAAUGGCCAGGUGUGUUUGGUUGGGGACUGCGUUGGAGGUAUCCUGGCCUUUGACGCUCUGUGCUUUAGCAGUCAGAACAUGUCGGAGAGUCAGAACAGCAGCCGGCGGGGGAGUGUCAUAAGCGUGCAGGACACUGACCUCUUGUCUCCUGGAAUCGUUGUGAACAACAGCUACUGUUCUGGGGGCUCUGGCCUGGAAGGCAGCCGGCACCUCAGCCGAAGCAACAUCGACAUUCCUCGCAGCAACGGGGAGGACGCCAACAAGCAUUUCCUGCGGAAGAAGAGUGACUCCUCCACCUACGAGGCGGAUACCAUCAGCCAGCACCAGGCCUUUCUUUCCAGUUUACAUUCUAGUGCUCUGAGACACUGUCCGGGAUCGAGGAGAUCGAGUAGCUCCAAUGCACUGGAUGGAGGGAAUGUUGGGAAGUUUGAAUUUGAGAUCACGGAUUUCUUCUUGUUUGGAUCUCCUUUGGGGCUGGUCCUUGCCUUGCGGAAAACGGUCAUCCCAACUCUCAACAUAUUCCAGUUGAGACCUGCUUGCCAGCAAGUUUACAACCUGUUCCACCCUGCAGACCCUUCUGCCUCUCGCUUAGAGCCUCUCUUGGAAAAGAAGUUCCACAUUUUGCCACCCUUUAACAUCCCACGCUACCAGCGGUUCCCACUUGGCGAUGGGCAUUCGGCUCUCCUGGUUGAAACAGUCCAGAGCAACCCUGUCCUCCUCGUAGAAAGCAGCCCCUUGGUUGCUCUUCAGAACCAGGACAGCUUCAUGGAAACCAGUAUCCCGGUUCCCAUCCUGAAUUGGCAAGAUGUUUCCAGUAAAAAUUCUGGAUUUGCGGAGUCGGAUGUUGUUCAGUCUCAUGGUGGCGCCUUCAUGGAGAGCGCAUCCCCUUCUACUCCCAUUUCUGCCCCUCAGUUCAGGGGCUUCCGGAGAGCCAGCGAGGCCAGCAUUGCCAGCCAGGUCUCAGGAAUGGCAGACAGUUACACUGCUACCAACAUAGCCAACAAAAACCAAACUCACCUCCACCAUCCCCGGGGCUUUAGUCUUCUGGCAUUGCUUGCCCUCCCUCAUAAAUCCUCCACCCAACCCUCUCGCAAAAGGCAUAGGGCGCCUAAACCCGACCAGGCCCAGAAUCUCCUAGGAAGAAGGCUUGGGAGAUCCUCCCACUGGGAAAUGGAUUCCAUUCUGCAGAUUCCAGGCCUCGACUUCAGUCAAGUUGCGUCCAAAUGGUGGGGGACAAAAAGGAUUGAUUAUGCUCUCUACUGCCCGGAUGCUCUGACCGCCUUCCCCACCAUCGCUUUACCACACCUUUUCCAUGCGAGCUACUGGGAGUCGACGGACGUGGUUGCCUUCUUGCUCAGACAGGUGAUAAGACACGAAAACCCGAGUAUCUUGGAGCUGGAUGGCAAAGAGGUCUCUGUCUUUACACCUUCCAAACCCAGGGAGAAGUGGCUUCGCAAGAGGACCCAUGUGAAACUAAGGAAUGUCACCGCCAACCACCGAAUAAUCGAUGCUAUUGUUAAUGAGGACGGUCCACAGAUGUUAAAUGCCAGGUUUAUGUACGGCCCGUUGGACAUGGUCACACUCACUGGGGAAAAGGUGGAUAUUCAUAUUAUGAGACAGCCCCCAUCAGGAGAGUGGGUUUACUUUGACACAGAGAUCACCAACAGCAGCGGCAGAAUUUCCUACGUUCUCCCUGAGAAUCGGAGACUGGGAAUCGGCGUGUAUCCUGUCAAAAUGGUGGUGCGGGGCGACCACACGUAUGCCGACAGCUACAUCACUGUUUUGCCCCGAGGGACUGAAUUUGUGGUGUUCAGCAUUGACGGCUCCUUUGCGGCCAGCGUCUCCAUCAUGGGCAGUGACCCCAAAGUCCGAGCUGGAGCGGUGGACGUAGUACGGCACUGGCAAGACCUUGGCUACCUCAUCAUCUACGUCACGGGCCGCCCUGACAUGCAGAAGCAGCGGGUGGUGGCCUGGUUAGCUCAGCACAAUUUCCCCCACGGGAUCGUGUCCUUCUGCGAGGGCUUGGUUCAUGACCCCUUGCGGCACAAGGCCAACUUUCUGAAGUCCCUCAUCACAGAUCUUGAUAUGAAAAUCCACGCAGCCUACGGAUCCACCAAGGACAUCUCAGUCUAUACCUCCAUCAACUUGCCGCCUCCUCAGAUCUUCAUUGUUGGGCGACCAACCAAGAAGUUACAGAACCAUUGCCAGUUCAUUACUGAGGGAUACGCUGCCCACCUGGCCCAGCUGGAGUACACCCAUCGCUCCCGGCCGGCCAAGAACACCACCCGGAUGGCCCUUCGGAAAGGCAGCUUCGGCCUCCCCGGCCAGACGGAAUUCUUGCGCAAGAGGAACCACUUGCUGCGCACCAUCUCAUCUCAGCCCACGGUGGCUGGCGGGAGCACCAGUCACAGGCCGGAGCGAGCACUGAGCCAGUCGGAGAGCGAGCGGGAGCGGGAACGCAGCCAAAGAAGCCUGAGCCUCGCCACAGGAUGCUGGGGCCGGAGCGCAGCCUCCAGACUUGAACCCGGGGCUUUGGGACCAAAAUAGAGCCAUCCAGGAAGGCGGCUGGGGAUGUCCCGUGGCAGGGAAGCAGGAGGAGUGAAACAGCGAGGCCUGCGGUGUGGGAACAACGGGGGAAUAUAUGGUGCUACUCAUUGCCAUCAAGGCAGCAACCACUGCAAGGGGAAGACCAAGCGAUGUUUUGUUUUUCUCACACAGAACCCGCCGGCCUCGGCAAAUGGGGCGCCAGGGUUACAGAGCACUACAGAAAGGAAACGGACACCCAGCAUUUCAGGAGAAGGGACACGAGAGUCGGAAGAGCCUCCGGGCGCAUCUCCUUGCCGCCUCCCUCACCCCUCUCUUUAUCCAGGUCUAGCGAUUGUAAAUAUGUGCCUCCUCCGCUUCUUAGCCAUCCAAGAUGCAGCUUGGGGGGUGGGGGCGGGGACCGUGGUGCCCCAUGGAGCCGGUGGGUGGCUCUGUAGUUUGCUCUGGAACCCCCUUGGAAGGAGGAUGCCGGAUGCUCCCACUUCACGUGUCAUUUGCGGACCCUGGAAAGAAGGACUUCAGAUCGGAAAAGGGAGCUUGGAGCUGCCCUCUACCCAACGAAUGGAGCAAAGUCAUAAUAUGGCCGAUCAUUAGCCACGGGUUACUUUCAGGCUGUCACUCUGAUCGUCAGAUUGACAGUCUGUUGAGGCUAACUACCAUUGUCCUUUUCCAAAAACCACAUAGCAAAUAUUUUUAAGAGAAAGGAAAAAAUGACAGGAGGAUUUUGGUGGCUGGUAGAUUGCACUGAUUUUCAAAAAGAGAUGUCACUUGAGCUGCCAAGGAACUCUGCCCAUCAGUAGAUGGAGAGGGGGGGUGAAGAUUUGGAUAAUUUUGCAGACAUUACUAACCAACACAAGCCUUUUUUUGGAUAUACCUACAGUCUCGUUUCAAGCAUCAGGAGGGAAAUCUAAUAGAAACAUUACUCAGCCUAAAAAAAGGAAAAGAAAAAGCUCAGUCCAAAUCCUUUCCCCCCUCUUCUCUGCCCAGUUCUUUUCUGCCUCUCCUCCCACAAGAUAGGAGUCAUUCCUUCUUUCCAACUUUUUGGUAGCAGCUUUUGACAGGAUGUAAAUGUGCUUUCUUUUUUAACUGUAGUUAAUGCAACUGUAAAACCUCAUUGUUUUUAUUUGUUUUGCACUGAAAACUUUUUAGAAUGCCUAAUAUUUUGAUGAAGCUGCACCCUAUUUAUUUCAUGCACGAGAGAUCAGUGUUAUCAAGUGGAGGGCACGUCGACCCAAACACAACGGAAAAGAGAAGUGCACAGGCGAUGGGUGGCCCAAGUGGGGUCAAAGCACAUUUUCAGAAGGAGCAGGAGGAGGAGGAGGAGAUACCUUCGGUAUCUCCAAGGGAUUUUAAGUUUGAAGGAUCUGGUGUAGAGGAAGAAAGGCCUUUGGAAGAAGCAGCUCUGUCGUCUCUUCUCCCUGCUCACUCUAUUCCCAAUGUCAAGGAUGCUCUUGCUUUACAAUGCCCUCCGUUAGCCAUUUUUGAACUGGAGAAACCGCACAAGAGGAUGGGCUUUGAGGGGGAAAGUGCCUCCAAGGAAGGGUCUGGGACAUCUCCUGAAUCCGCCCCCCAUCUGACAUCCAGAACCAGAAUUUCCUUUGGUAGUUAAGGGCCAGUCCUUCCCAAAACACCGUUCUCCUCGGACAAGAGAAGACCUGCUCGCCAAAGGCUGGCACGGCCCCGACUGGCCUUUAGUUCCCGGAGGUUUCUGCGUUGGUUCAGGGUGCCCUCCUUGGUACAGUGUGCCCUCUCCUUGCCCGUUUGUGACCGCCCUCAACUUUAUAAGCUCUUAUACGUCCAGAAGAUUUCCUUUUCCAGACCAAACGUUGCGUUUCCUUCCCUUUUCAUUUUCUUUUCAAUACCAAGACUCGCAGCACUGUGAAUGGGGCCUCUACUGAAUCACAACGGGGCUUUCACAACUCAUCCAGACGUUUGUGGGAAACACACACACAUACACUGGUUGCUACUUCGAUUUCGACACCAAAUACAAUACCGUGGGCUCUGCCUAGAAGAACGUGGUUCUCUAAAGAAGCCAAUGUCCUUUUUUCCCCCACGGAAAGAGCUCUUCUUUUGAAAUGAAGCUCGCAGCAUACGUCAGCAGUUUAGGUAGCCAUACUGCACAGGUCUAAGCCACUAGUCUUGGAUACAGUUGACAAGGAGAAACUAGCAGGUGUUUUUUUUUACUAUUUAAAGCAAAGCUGGCUUCUCUUUCUGCUCACGGAACCUAGUUCUUUGCAAAGGGAGGGGAUCGAGAUUGACUAGUGUAGCUCUUGGCCGUACAGCUCAGUAUCGGUCGUCGGGCCACACGGGUCUGAAUCUUCCUGUUGCAAUUCAUCCUCGCAAAAGAGACAAAGAUGGCGACACAAUCUAGAAAGGUCUUUCACUAAUUCAGCCUAUCCUUUGAACAUUACCAAUGAACCAAAUGUGACUUGUACAUUUUUUUCCAAUUUCGGAUGAAAUUCCAUUUUGUGUAUUUGUGUGUGUGUGCGUGCGUGCAUACGCAUGUGUGUUGUAUCAAGCAAUGGACAACGGGGAAGGGUGGGGAGGAAGUGGGGCUACAGGUAACGAAAGUGCAUUAUUUAAAAAAUCUUUUUAAAAUGUCUCUGGAGGGGGAAAACCCUUUUAGGGCGUACUAUGUCAAAUUUCGGCUUUCUUGCCCUACUUUUUGGUUUCAGGCAUUGCGUACAAAAUCGUAUUUUUAUAGACCUGAAAGGACUGUCAGUGAAUGCUAAGUGCACCUUUCUAACUGCCUCUCAUCCAAUCACAUUGGAAACCAAUAGUUUAUACGAGGGAGAGUUAAUCCCAUGCACAUCCGAACCCAUGGCCAGGCUUUGAUAUCUCCCAGACGUUCUCCAUGUUUGUUUUCUCUGUGGGCAAAAGUCUCCCGCACUUUUCUGUGCCAUUGCGACAGUGCUGGGUGGAGCGGCACAUCAUGAGAGAGAACGGGAGGUAGCACUGGCUUGGUGCAUUUGUACAAGUCCCUCCCAACACUGUCAUGCUGGUCGAUGGAUUUUGUGUAGCAUUCUACUGUGCAUUAUAUUAUCCUGGGCUUUGAAAUGCAAUUUCUUACUUAUUUACAUUCAAACAAUAGCAAUAGGCCGGUUUGAAAGUAGGCUAGCUUGUUUGUGUGUGUGUGUGUUUGUGUGCGUGUGUGUAAUGCAAUUGGAGAGCAGCGCUUCAGUGACAAGUGACGUGGCAUUUGAGGCAAGAAGUGGUUGAGAUUGGAAAGUUUCCCCUUGCUAACGUCGAGAAGCACUUACGCUGUCGUGUGACGUAGCCAUAUUUGUUGUCAAGGGGAAACGGUGUCUAUUGCUAUGAGCUGCAUCCUAGGAAUCUUGGCUCUCAUUGGAAAUCCAGAGCAAAUGCAGUGCCCUCUGGGCUUGAAAAGCCAAGGGGGGCUCUGCAGGGCCAUCAGUGCAGAAAGAUAUGAAAUGAUGUGCUUUGCCUCCUUCUCUCCCAUAGCCAACACUUUAUGCAUUUGUGUGCAAUUUGUGUGAUUUGCCUCAUUGAAGUUACAGUUUUAGCCCACUUUGUAGACCUAUUAGAAUUGUCAUGGGUUUGGGGCUUUCUUGAGUUAACAUUUUCUGAAGACCUCGGGCAUCAACUAACCCUUUGUCUUUGGGUCGGGAUCUUUGCAGAGGAAUGUGGUCUCACGGAAGCUAAACAUUUAUCAGGGUCUCACAUGGGAUGCUGCCCUACUUUAUAUCCCCAUAUGCAGGGCACACCUGUUGGCUUCUUGCUCAUACGUCGCAUAGCCAACUUGGCAAGGCUCUCUCCCUUGUGGCUGCAGGGGAAGAGGGAGCCAAUGCCCACUGAGAAUUAAAGGUCCUGAAAAGCCAAAAUGGAUGGGGAAUUUAGUUAGGUUUCUCUCACUGCUAUCACCCCAAACUAAGCAUUUUUUUGGACAAAGCUCACAAAUUUACAAUCUGAAAAAACAACACGUGUUAAGCACAUAGCUUGUUCUCACGGGAUGGUAUUCUUUCAGCACACUCUUGUUUCUGUUCACUUGGGGAUUCCGCUUCAGUGGGGCUUAUAUCCCCUCAGAAGUGUAUUUGAGGUGGCCACUUUGGUGCUGAACGGGAAUCCCCACAAUGCAAGUAGGAGGAAGUUGAGCUCAGUAGGAUAUGCUCUCCGCAAAGUGUGUCUAGAUGGGCAGUUGGGAUCUAGUCCAGCUCCAGCGCAUGACCUGUGGGCAGAAUUGCUGAAACUGAGGUCAGGACUGAGCCUGGAUGGAAAGCCCUCCCCCCCAAGCUUCCAGGUGGAAGGUGGUAUGGACUCAAUCAAUGAGGCAAGUGUGAUGGGAAAGAGCCUGUCUUUCUGCACAAAAACAACAAGAUUUUCUUAUUUUAGCAUCCUUUGACACACACACACACACACACAAACAUUCAAAGAUCUUUCAUUUUGAAAAAAAAAUGUUUACAAUGUCCUAAACCUAGGUCAAAGAAUGUCAGCUGCUAAAAAGAUUUCAAGUGAAACCGCUGCUUACCCGGAGCGUUUUGUCCCAUGCUCCCGUCACCAGAGCAAUCCCUCUCGUUCAGGUAUCUAUCUCUCCCAUUGCUGCAAUUUCCCGGUUCCGUCCAAAAGCCUUACGUUUUUGUCUCCUUUGGCCCCCAGGCAACUUUCCUCCCUGACUGUUCGAAUGUUUGUCUCCGACAGUGUUCUCUUUUUUGAACAGAGGUGGGAAACAGUGGAGGGGGGAAAGCAGAUGGAAAUAUUCAAGACCAUUCAAUGUAGAAAGGCACAACUGAAAGGCCCAGACUCCCAUCUGGGCCUGUUGUUUCAUCUUUUUGUUACUGUGUUUUGUGUGCAUGUUACCGUCAAUCUCCUGGCUCUUGUACGUGAUAACUCAUCCUUCUCCUUUGCUGUUACUGCCGCCUUGUCUUGCAGCCUGGGUGUGCUUUGUAUAUGGUUAUCACUUGUAUGUUAACACCGAAUAAAAGAAAUGGGAAGGCG